AUGAGACAAGGAUUUUCUGAAGAGCCAUCAGUUGAACCACAAGUUCAGGCUAUUGAGGACGGUGAUAAUGCUACAAGGCCGAGCGAGUCUCAUCCCCAUCUGCAACCAUCUCAAUAUACACAAAAACAACACAAUGUAAUCAUUCAACCGCGAUUACGACCAAUGCCAUUCAAAUUACUGGAUAUACCUCCACCAGCUUUACCCGUACCGACUGAAGUGUGCACUAUAAACGGUAUCAGCUAUUUUCAAGUUGAGGACUUGCCUGUCAAUAGACGUGGAUUCAAGUACAAAUUAUGCCGUCCAAAUCCCAUAUUCACCUCAAAUUUUUACUCAACUACUGAUUUACCACCAUAUCAAGCAUGUGUCAGUUUAUUUGAUCGAUCAUCGGGGAUGUUGUUCGACAAAGAUUCGAUGUCUGUUACACAAGCUCAAGGAUGGAGAUCAGCUAGAAGCAAUGUGGGGAUUAGGGAAGGUUCAUACUACUUUGAAUUUAGAAUACUUAAUGCUGAUGAAAAUAGUCAUGUGAGGGUGGGGCUUGCAAGAAAAGAAGCUAGCUUGGAAGCACCAGUAGGGUACGACGCAUAUGGAUACGGUAUACGGGAUAUUGAUGGAGAUUUAAUGUUUAUUAGUCGAAGGAAAAAUGUUUGUGUUAAAGACGGGUUCACUAUGGGGGAUGUUAUUGGGUUCUUGGUUGAGCUUCCAUCAUUGAAAGACCAUAAACGUGAGGUACAGAAGUUUGUGGAGAACAAAAGAGAAGAAAUGUCAACCGAACACAAGUCCAAAAAGAGGAAAUCCAAAUGGAAGCAGAAAAAUGUUGAGGAGAAUGAGAUAUUUAUUGCUCAUGACAAUAUCGUUCGUGAUCAAAUUCCGACAAAGUCGAAAGGUGCUCUUUACUACGACCAAUAUGAGUAUACAAGGACAAAAACAAUGGAUCAUUUGCUAAAUCCAAUUACUGUAUUUGGUGAAAAAGCCGUCAUUGAAAUGGAUGAUAAAACGAAAAACAUACCAGUAAUUGCAAACUCCAAGAUAAGGAUUUUCAAAAACGGCGUGGAACAAGAUGCAUGCAUUGAUAAUCUAUAUUCAUUCUUACCAACCAACAUCGAAGAAAGAGAAGAUCUCAAUCUUGAGCCAAAUGUCCAGCAGCUGCAAAACUCUGGGUAUCGAAACACCGAUGAUAACACAUUAGGUUACUAUCCCAUGCUCUCAACAUUUCAAAAUGGUGCAGUACGAUUGAAUGCAGGUCCUGAAUUUGAAUUUCCUCCACCGGAACCAGUGAAGCCUUUAAAUGAUCGAUAUGAGGAGCAAGUUAUUGAAGAAUGGUACUGGGAUGUGCUUGAUGAAGUGGAGGCACAGUAUUUGGAUGGUUUUGACGAGUAG